GAUCUGUAAACUCGUAGACGACGACUAUGCAGUGUUUCGUUUGGAAAUAACUCAAAGCCAGAAAGAAAACAGGGCAUUGCGGAGGAAACUGCAGCUACUUGAACUGAAGGUGGCACGGGAACGCGUCCUCGCCAGUCGUCCCAGUAGUAUCAAGAUCCUCGACAAAUACAGAGGAAUGGCAAGAGGUGAAGGACAUCUCACUGGAGGCCACAGGAGCUUUGUGAAGCCAGCGGGACACAAUACAUGGAGAGAUGACCAACCAAUCACGGUUGAUGAGGGGAGUAGAACGUCAACCCAGCACAUUAUUGUGAUAGAGUCUGCAGAUGCAGAGGCUGCAGGUCCUGGGGUCAAGCAGGAGAGGUCUGAAGGAGAGGAGGACCCACGGCAAAGCAGAGACAUCCAGACUGGAGCAGCUGGAGCGCCCCCUGUAGCCAUGGAGGACCCCACCACCGCCCCAGUGCAGCCCAGGACCCGAAGAAGCAUCACCGAGGUCAGUGGAAUGCCGAACGCCGUCCUCAAGUCAGACACAAAGACUUUAAUGGGGCUGGGGCGACUCGGCUGUCCUCCUGCUCCCUGCACAGAGUAUUUACUUUACGGUAACCCAAGGACGGUAAUGUCCCAUCAGGACUCAGGUGACGCGUUACAGACUCACAGUGAUCCGUCCUGUUCAUACGCUACAGAGACACAGAUGAUACCUGGUAACAUGCCUGUGGGCUUAGAUACACAGACUAAUCCAAUGAGAGGGGACUGGAACCAGUACAGCAGUAGUGUAUACUCUGAAGGGUUCCUAGAUAAGAAAGGGGAGGGUCUGGUCGUAGAUGAGGUGACUGUGAAAGUGGAGGGCGAUGCUCCUCUGACAUGGAAUGCAGACGAGACUCACUUAGGAGAAGGACACUCACAAGGCAACACCAGUGACUUCUUAGACUACAGGGAAAGCUUAGAGACUAAUCUAAAUGUCUCAACCCACUCCCCUUUACACCCAGUGGCCAUGUCUAUGGCACCUUCCGAUUCACAAGGCAGCGUCCUUUUUGAUCAGGUAUCGAACUCAAACAACCAAAAGGCCAAGCCGCGGGAAGGGGGAGCAACAACGGGCGGUAAAGAGAAGCGGUUCCUCUGCAUGUUCUGUAACAAAGGCUUCAGCUGCCCCCAGAAGGUGGAGAUCCAUCAGAGGGUCCACACAGGGGUGAAACCCUUCACCUGUACCCAGUGUCACAUGCGCUUCGCCCAUGCGGGCAACCUGAAGAGGCACCAGAGGGUCCACACAGGGGUGAAACCCUUUAGCUGUACCCAGUGUCACAUGUGCUUCGCCCAGGCUGGUGACCUGAAGAGGCACCAGAGGGUCCACACAGGGGAGAAACCCUCAGUAGACAUGGAGGAUGGGAAGUCUGAUCUGCUGCUAGUCAAAGAGGAGACAAUAGAAGAUGGAUCAGAGAGCAUUGAACUGCUGAGUGGAGUAAAGAUGGGGGAGCAAGGUGGUUGGCUGGAGGCUAACAGAGAUUGGGCAGCCGUCUUGGAUUCCCAGACCCAGACGGGAGCAGCCAAGGGCCCAGGGAAUAACAUAACUGAGCAGGCCAGGACCAGAGGCGACACAGUGGAGGUGGAGAUCCACCAGAGGAUGCACAUGGGGGAGAAUCUGUUUGGUUGCCACCUGUGCCAGGCAAGUUUCUCCCACUCGUCCAAGAUUGAAGAGGCACCAGAGGAUCCACACCGGGGAGAAACCCUCCAGCUGCCCCCAUCUGCAGUCCAUGAAGACCUGCUGAUCUCCAGUGUUACUGGCGGAGAGACUGGACCUCUGAAGCGGCUGGUCACAAUCCCUGGCCCCGGAUCAGGACCCUGGAUCAGAAGCCGUCCCUCUUCCUUCCCGAGUCAGAACCAGGGCCGAACCACGAGGGACAGAGACUCCACCACAACCACUACACAGAACACAACCAGUGGACAGGUGGAAUGA